AUGUCCUCAUCCCAAAGUCACUUUCCAGGUGGAAACCCUCCAGUUGGGGUUGAGAACGUAAAUCGCGCAUAUUCAACAAUCCUACCCAAUUCCAAUUCCUCAUUAUCUCGUUGUAUAUCAGCAUUUGUCCGAGUCCUGCUGGAUAUUGAAUACAACGCAAAGAAAUCCCCUUCCAAUACAUGGAUGAAAACUCCUUCAGCCCACGAUUUCCAUGUUGGCUCCAACCUGCCUGAAUCUAUUAUCCUGCGGCCUAUCAAUUGCAUCCCACCCGGUUCACUUCUAUCUACUAGCGAAAGGAUUGCACCGGUCUUUCGAAGUAUAUUCAUCCACGAUCUCUCAAUCUCUGAUUUCCCAGGAGUUACCUUUGCUUGGGAUCAUCCAUGGGAUUCGCCAUGGAACCAAAUCUUUGCAAAGUUUGUGUUGAAACAUUGGAGGAAUGGCUACACAAGUGGUGCCUUCGCCCCUUUUUUCAUGAAUCCUGUCGAAGCCGUAAACACCAUCCUCCAACUUGGCAUUCUCCACCGUUGGUUCCUUGGAAGGCAGAAAGGUGUCCGAUUAGGCCAGUUCUCACAUGAAAUCAAGGCAAAGAAGAGCAAAUCCGAAAAGAAAUCUAAAAUCAGAAUACAGAUAUCACAACACCGUCGAGAAACACUGUUGAAGCUCAACGUAACCGCUGAAACUGCAGCAUUAUUUGACAACAUUAAAUCUACCUCCGACACCGAACAGAUACCCCCUCGGGAUCUCCUCAAAAUUCCUCUGCCCUGGAGAUCAGAAGAAUUCUGCUCAUUUGCUCAGAAACUGGACGAUAUAUUUAUUGAUAAACAAUCCAGUAACAAAGGGAGCCGGUUUGUACAUGAAUUUGUGCUAGAAUCUCGCAGGAAAACUCCGACUUCAGCACGUCCAGCCGGGUUCAAAGACGUCCCACGCCAUUUACCGUCUAACUGCUAUGCGGCCGAAUACGUGGCAACCCUUUCUGAAUCCCAGCGAAACCUUCUCAAUCCCAAGGGUGCGGUAGAUCUUUUGGAAAUCAUGAACAUCAGAUGA